AGCCAGUCUGCGGAGAGAGCAGCGAGCUGACGCAGGAGUGAAGGGUCCACUUAGUACGGGACUGGGUGUGAGUCACUCUUAAAGCCUUCACGGGUUACUAGUAUUAUUAUUGUUACUAUUAUUAUUGUUAUUAUUAUUAUUAUUAUUGUUAUUUACAAUGAAGAAGUUAAAAAGGCCUUCAUCCUGACGUCCACACUGUGGUCAAUGACGCUCUGUGACUGACAUGGACUCAAAUGACAAUAAGGAUGUGAAGCUUUCAGCCGAAGUGGAACCGUUCAUCCCACAGAAGAAAGGUCUAGAAGGAUCCCUAGUCAGCAUGAGUCUUUCUGGAGAGGCGGGCAGCGGCGGAGGAGGAGGAGGAGGGGGCGGAGGUAUAGGGGGAGGCGGCGGAGGGGUGGAAACCACUCCCAUACCGAGCUACCUCAUCACCUGCUACCCUUUCGUCCAGGAGAACCAACCCAACAGGCAACAUCCAAUGUAUAAUGGAGGAGAGCUGCGCUGGCAGCAGCCAAACCCCAGCCCUGGUGGUCCGUACCUGGCCUACCCCAUCUUGUCUUCCCCCCAGCCUCCUGUUUCCAAUGACUAUGCUUACUACCAGAUUAUGCCUGCUCCAUGCCCACCUGUGAUGGGCUUUUACCAGCCGUUCCCUGGCACCUAUGCUGGGCCCGUGCAGGCUGGGGUGGUCAACCCUGUCUCAGCUGAUGUCGGUGAAAGGCCGCUGCCUCUUGGGCCAGCAUAUGGGAUGGCCAGUCAGCGGGGCAGAGGCAUGGUCCGACCAAAUAUUCUCCCAAAGCAACAGUUGGGUGUUUGUCAGCCUCCAAGGGGUCGCCGGCCUCCAACCAGGAGUAUUGCUGUGCAGAAGGAGGUGUGCACCAUGGGGCCUGAUGGUAGAACCAAAACGGUCAUGCUGGUAGAUGCAGCUCAGCAGACUGAUUUUCCAGGUGAGGUGUCGGGGCGGUGUGCGGCUGAGCGGGCUAGUCCCCUGCUGUGGAAGAACCGAACAAAGAGAAGAAGGGCGUCCCACCCAGCUGAAAACUACAACGAACAAGGCGCCAGUGAGGCGGAUAUAGACAGCGACAGUGGCUACUGUAGCCCCAAACACAACCAGGCAGCAGGGGCGACACAACGAACAGCCGAAACUGCAGCAGCAUCCACGGGAGUAGAGGCUGGUGUCAUGACAGCAGGUACCUGGGUAAAUGUAGCCUCUCAGGCUACCCAGAAGUCCUGGGGGGACAGGAACGGCCAGUUCCACAGAGCAGACCAGAGGAAGAACCCUGAACAGAGAAACUUCUCACAGGAUUUCCACAGUGGCUAUCCAGGGCGCGUGCCGCCCAACCAAUCAGAACAAAGACUACAGCCAGCAGUGGUCACUGGCACUGAGCUCACCCCUGAGCCCCUCUACUUUGAGGAUGAAGAGGAGUUCCCUGAUCUAGCCACUGGGGGUACUGUCCAACGCACCGCCAAAUCAGAAUCUACUCCAGCCCAGACACACACGCAACCCAAAAUCCCGAAAAACCUGCUGGAUAAUCUACCAGAAAACUCCCCCAUCAACAUUGUGCAGACACCCAUCCCUAUAACCACCUCUGUUCCCAAGAGGGCCAAAAGCCAGAGGAAGAAGGCUCUGGCUGCUGCCUUGGCUACUGCACAGGAGUACUCUGAAAUCAGCAUGGAACAGCAGAAACUACAGGAGGCACUUACCAAAGCAGCAGGGAAGAAGAGCAAAACCCCUGUUGAGCUGGACCUGGGAGACAUGCUGGCAGCUUUGGAGAAACAUCAGCAGGCUAUGAAAGCGAGACAGCUCACCAAUACCAAGCCGCUGUCCUUUACAGAUUAUCUUGAAGGAACGUGAAGGGAAGAAAGGGAAGACGAGUGUAGAACAAGAGUCUUCAGGCCAAGAGGAGCACGGGGAGCAUGGGGAUGAGUGUCUACAUUUUACUGAUGAUCUUGCACGAGAGCCUGCCUCCCAAGAAGAGAACGGUUUGAGUAUGCCCAGUGAUGCAUCCCUCUCCCCCGCCAGCCAGAACUCUCCGUAUAGCAUCACCCCAGUAUCCCAGGGUUCUCCCGCAAGCUCCGGGAUUGGGAGUCCCAUGGCUUCAAACGCCAUCACAAAAAUCCACAGCCGACGUUUCAGAGAGUAUUGUAACCAAGUGCUGAGCAAGGAGAUAGACGAGAGUGUGACCCUGUUAUUACAGGAGCUGGUUCGCUUCCAGGAGCGGGUUUACCAGAAGGAUCCCACCAAGGCUAAGUCCAAACGCCGCCUGGUCAUGGGUCUCCGAGAGGUCACUAAGCACAUGAAGUUGCAUAAGAUAAAGUGUGUCAUCAUCUCUCCCAACUGUGAGAAGAUCCAGGCCAAAGGCGGUUUGGAUGAGGCUUUAUACAACGUAAUUGCCAUGGCUAGGGAGCAGGAGAUACCGUUCGUGUUUGCUUUGGGCAGGAAAGCUCUGGGACGCUGCGUCAACAAACUUGUGCCUGUUAGUGUGGUUGGCAUCUUCAACUUCUCUGGUGCCGAGGGUCUUUUCAACCGACUAGUGUCUCUGACAGAAGAAGCUAGGAAGGCCUACAAGGACAUGGUGUCAGCUCUGGAGCAGGAGCAGGCUGAGGAAGCUAUGAAAAACGACAAGAAAGUCCCACACCACAUGGGACAUUCCCGAAACCACUCUGCUGCUUCUGCCAUCUCCUUUUGCUCUGUCUUUUCUGAGCCCAUCUCAGAGGUCAAUGAAAAGGAGUACGAGACCAAUUGGAGGAGUAUGGUGGAGACUUCAGAUGCCCUGGAGCCUGUAGAGGCUGAACCAAGCCGCCCCGCACCUUCCACAGCCCCCCAGAGAGACAGUGAGGCCCCUGCAGCCACAAACAUUGUCGCCCCACCAAGCUCCACUGCUCCCCAGCCCAGGUUGGGAAUUCUGACACAGGCCAACGGAGAGAAAGAUGAGGUCCGUGUUGACGACCGGCUGGAGCUGGCCUCUCAGCAGAGCACAGAGACGGGCUCACUGGACGGGAGCUGUAGGGGCCCGCUGAACUCCUCCAUCACCUCCACCACCUCCACCCUAGUGCCCGGGAUGUUGGAAGAGGCGGAAGAGGAGGAAGAGGAGGAGGAGGACUACACUCCUGAGCCUAUAUCUGUGGAGGUGCCCACCCUCAGCAGCCGCAUCGAAUCCUGGGUGUCAAAGACCCUGGAGAACCUGCAGCUGGGAAAGAGCCAGGACAGUACAGAAGAGGAGGAGGACGAGGAGGAGGAAGACGAAGAAGAGGAGAGAAGGCAGAGUGAGGAAGAGGAGGGCCUCGAUUCAGCGGACAUCACAGAGACGAGGGUGGAGAGCAAAGAGCAGGUGGAGGCCAAGAAAGUCACCGGUUGAUGUCCUCUUACUCAUUCCCUCUGUCCUCUGUUUGUCUCACACAUCCCUCUUCAUAGGAACCAGCAGCCUUUCUCCUUGUGUCUCUAACCCCUGACACCAGACAUAAUCUCAGGUAUCCAACCAACUGGCCAACACUCACACACACACCAGUGAGACAUUACAGAGAAACUGACCAACCUGCAAACACACAGGGUCACAGACCAAAUGACAACUAACACAGACACCAACCCCUCUUUAAAAAAAAAAAAAUUCUCUUGUAAUUUAAAAGGAUGCCCUCACCUCUUCGGCCCAUAACCUGCUACACUUGAAUUCAGAGGAAAGUUUUUGAUUUUCCUCCUCCGAGACUGAACUCUCAUGGAGUCAGGGACGUUUUUCGGGAGCGAGUGUUGAGCAUUUAAAAAAAGAAAAGAAAAAAGAAAAUGGAGAACUGCGGUCUGUUGCUCACAGAGGAGGAAGGUUGGAACCUUUCAGCUCCCAUCUUACUUCAUACAGAGCUCAGACGGUUUACAGCUCUGCGAAUAUUUGUGUGCUUGGGUGUGUUUUUACAGGCACAUAGUUUGCAUUUAUUUUGCUGUGUUCAUUAGCUUUAUCUUUGUACAUAAUGUGUUGAUGCGUGUGCUUUCUUUCACCUCACUGAGGGAAGGAGAGGCAUGCAUUUCUUAAUUAUUGCUUGGUUGGCGUUUAGUUUUACUCACAGAAUAUAACAGUGUCAGGGGUUCUGUCUUUAUUACCAAAACCACUCCCACCCAUCAGUCUUCAGAGUGUUUUUUUUAAUGUUCAAAUAACAAAAUGUCCCAUUCUGUAUUCAGAUAAUUAAUUAAAAUGACUUAACUUCUAAGAAGCAAAACAAGCUUUGUGUAUAUAACCUGUCUAGGUGGUUCUGCUAUGUAAUAGUUUGUUAUAUUGAUCUUGCCUUGUGUGAAACUAUUCGGGGUUGUUUUCCUCUGACAGGAAUUGUCUUGAGUUCCCAGAUGCUGUGUGUGUGUUUCAUAAAAUGUGCAUCUGUUUGUUCUCUCUGGUGGUGUUUGUUCUCUGAUGGUCUGUCUACUAAAUGGGGGCUCUCAAGCUGUCUCUUACAAGGCUGGUUAAUGACCUUAUACCAUUUUUAGAAGCCUAUUUAUCAUCAACACUGAGCCCUUUUUUUAAGUCUUUUCAUCCAAAUGAAGCUAUUUUGCAAGUGUUUCUGUAAACAAGCUGUUGAAAGCAGACCUCAGUAGAACUAGUCACUAAAUUGGAGAGCACUUAGGCCUUUCUGUAUAAUUUACAACAUUAUGAAAGUAUCCAGAAACAGUUUUCAGUCAGUUUUACCAGAGUUGACUCUAUUGUCUUAAAACUUUCCACUUAAAUCAAAGUAACCAAGGCAAAAAAUGUGUUUACUGGUAUUUAUGAAAUUUAACAAUGCCCACAUUGACCAAAAAAUAUCAACUGAAAUAAAUCUUUGUAGCGCUUUGCCAGGUUUAAUGUAGGCAUUCAGCUCUAACUGCCAGCCUAAAGUCAGUCCACCACAGCAGAGGAGCUCCCUCACUGGGACAGAGUCACCACUCAAGUCAAGCAAGUCGUCACCAACGCAUACUAAUUAUAGCUCAUUGUAAAUACAAGUGUACAAAAGAGAUUUUGAUUUUGCAUUGUAUUAAAAAAAAAAUACAAUCACCCUGUUCUUAAAGCCAUUUGAUAGUUUUUAACAUUUUAUCAGUUGGAAUCCAAUUUGAUAAUGGUAUUUGAUAGUGAAUCAUGGUGAGACUUCAGCCAGUCAAUGGUGAUGCGGCGUGUUAAUGCAGUAUGUCGGGCUGUAUGCAAUGUGAAGCCCCGUGAUGGGAGAUGACAGUGUACUGAAUAUCAUACUGUGGAUUAUGAAAGUAUUUCUGGUUUGAUAAAAGGUACACUGUGUGUAGGAUUUGUGUUGCUAUCACUUCCAUCAAAGUGUUUGAAGUAUGUUCGUUGACAGCAAGUGUGUUUUUUGCACUAUGUAAAUACAGUACUGGUAAAGGUCUUGUAACUAAUGUGAACUUAAAAGCAAAACAAAGAAAAAAAACGGUUCAAUGAAGUACUUUUUUCAGCGUGUUCCUCGUCUUUAUAUGGAUAUUUAAGACCGUCUCCUUCAGACUGUACAUCACUAGCAACAUUGUUAGAGGCUGUUUCUCAUAAUCCUGUUAUCACUCUUAAACUAUAUGGACUGAUGAUUAACAUCAUUAAAAUGUUGUUUA